AUGACUAGAAAUCUUUCCCAGCUCGUCGUGACUCCGCCUCAUCACGCCAUUGCAACCGCAACCUCACCUGCUACUACUACUACUAGACCCCAAGAGAACGACCAUGAUCAUGACCAUGAAGAUGGCGAUAAUCCCAAACCCCUCCGCAUCGACGCAAAUCUCCUAAUCCCCGGCCGCGGCAAACCCAUCCCCAACGCCAGCCUCAUCUACCACAAUGCCAAAAUCCUCCACGUCGGACCAACCCCCUCCCUCCCAAAACCCUACGCCUCCCUCUCCCCCUCCUUCACCGUCCCCAUCCUCAUGCCGGGCCUCUGGGACGCCCACGUGCACUUCUUCGGCGAAGCAAGCCCCAGCCUCGAAAACGUCGCCUACACCCCCCCCGCCCUAGCAGGCCUCCGCGCCGCUCGAGAUCUCGUGAGCCUGCUAGACGCCGGGUUCACGAACGUGCGGGAGGUAGGCGGGUACGGGGUGGAUGUGGCGAGGGGGGUGGAGGAGGGGUGGAUUCCUGGCCCUCACAUCUACGCCGCCGGCGCGCCGCUCUCGCAGACCGCCGGGCAUGGCGAUCUGCACACGGUCCCGCUGUCCCUCAUGCACGAUAAGAUGGCGGCGGGGAUGCCGUUGUGUCUGGCGGAUGGGGUGGAUGAGGCGAUUAAGGGGACGAGGACGCAGAUCCGGAGGGGGGCGAAGGUGAUUAAGAUCUGUUCGACGGGGGGUGUGAUGAGUCGCAUUGAUAGUCCAAGGGCGGCGCAGUUUACGAAUAAGGAGUUGGAGGCUGUGGUGGAGGAGGCGAGGAGGACGGGGUUGGUUGUUGCGUCUCAUGCGCAUGGGACGGAGGGGAUUCUCGCCGCCAUCAACGCCGGCGUCCACACAAUCGAACACGGCAGCUAUCUCACUUCCUCCGCCAUCGACCUCAUGGUCUCCAAAAAGAUCAUGCUCAUCGCCACACGCACCAUCAUCGUCAACGGCGUCGAGAACCCCGCCUCCAUGACGCCAGAAGCUUACAAGAAACUCCUCGAAGUCGCGGAUUCGAACCGGAAGUCGUACGAAGCUGCCAUCAAAGCCGGCGUCAAAUGCGCCCUCGGAACAGACCUCGGCCUCAGCAACGCCGAACUCGGCUUCUACCACGGCAUGAACGGAAGGGAAUUCGGAUACGCCGUUGACGCGGGUAUGUCGCCGCUCGAAGCCAUCGAGGCUGGGACGGCGAAUGGGCCGGAUACUUUAGGACCGCAAGCCCCGAAGAGCGGGAUCUUGAAGGAAGGUUAUGAUGCGGAUUUCAUUGCGUUGACGAAGAGUCCUUUGGAGGAUAUCGGGGUGUUGGCGAGGCCGGGCGAGGUGAGCCAUGUGUGGAAGGGUGGGAGGUUGUUUAAGGAGCCUGGGAGGGGGGUGAUGGCCGCAUUCUAG